AUGGAUUGCGAUAUUCAGGUCCAUGAUUUGUCCCAACAACUUUCUACAUUAUCUAGUGCAGGUCAAAUUCAAGUGACUGUAAACUGCUUUACGGACUCUCCUUAUCGUUCUCUUUACAAAAAUACGAAGCCUGCUGAGGAUCAAGCACGUCGUUGGAGAAAUGAAUUGUUUGAAGCUGAACGAAACGCUAAAAGGAAGGAUAAAUUUAAUAGUAAUCGUGACUUGAAUCUAGUCAAGAACCCCUCGCCAGAGAGGCCUGCUAGUGAAAUCGAUAAAAGUGGUGAUCAAGCUGGAGAUCACUCGAUGAUAAUGCUCGCCGAAUGGUUUUUAUUCAUGCCCAAAAACUUUGAAACCGAGUACCUCUUUAAAUUAUGUCCCAAAGGUCGUCAUGUUUGCGUAGUGGCCCGGGAAGGGAGGACGGACGUUUACGCAAAAUCGGGCUUCCUAAUUAAGUCAUUUCUUUCUAGACUUCCUGGUGGGGGUUUGGGCCAAAGUUCUAUGAGGAUGUACCGAGAUGAGACAGUUUUGGAUUGCAUCAUGAUUGAUAAUCGUAAAAAGGUUAAUCAGACCUCUUCCUCCUCUGAAUCCACUGAAGUAAAGCUUAUAUUUAUGGUUCUCGAUUUAAUCUACUUUAAAUCUACUUCCUAUGAUGAAAUUACUUUCUUCGAACGAUGUGAAUGGAUGGAAAACUAUCACCGACCGAACAUCGAAGCUUUUGAGCAUACUGACCCCGUUCAAUUUAAACUUGUUCCUGUUUAUGGCUGUGAUAAAGAUACCAUGGGAUCGAUGUUUUCCUCUCCUCCUCCGUUUGAGGUGGACGGUAUUCUAUUCUAUCAUUCAUGCGUAUCCUACCAUUAUGGUCAAACUCCUCUGGUCGGAUGGGUUAAGCCGUAUAUGCUCCCCGAUUGGUUUCCUUUCCUAAAAGGCACUCUUCAUCCUAUCUACUUGGCUGAAAUGCCUGAGGAUUACAAGGAUAUUGCCACGGAUAUCAUCCGGCAUAGAGAGCUGACAAAAGACUAUGGUGCUCCCCUCCAAGAAAAAAUUGAAGGCGAGGUUACAUCACCUUCCUCUUCAAACCAACCGGAGGAUGUGGAAAUGGCCGAUGUCUGCUAA